AUGGCUGGAAUAGUAAAGUAUACCGAGGAAGAAUUACGCGGUUACAGUGUUGCUGCUGUUGUUCCGGAGGGAAUAGAUUUGACUGGUUUCGCCGAAAUCGUCAGAUCUGACAAGUUCGAAGGUGAAGAACUAGUUACUCGUCCAAACCUAAGAAAGACCAAGCACCGUGAAACCAAGCAGACUGAUGCGGAUGGAUGGACCGUGACAGUUCCAGCUCCAAAAGGCGGAAGAAGGUUAUCUGGUCAAGGAGAAGAGGGUGCCAGAGAACAGAUUAGAGAGUCCAAGGACCAUGCGCUCAAGGUGAAGACUAACAGCAAGAACAUCUCAUCCAAGCCUGCCGAUCUUAGGGACGCCAUCGCAGAAAAGCAAACCAUUACAUUCAAUGCAUUCGAUGCUUUGGGUGAUGAAGAAGAUUGA